AUGGCUUCCUACCUCAUCACUGGUACCUCCAGCGGCCUUGGGCUGACGCUUGCAAAGUUUCUAGCAGCAAGGCCAAAAGACCAAGUUAGCCUUGUCAUCGCCGCAGCGAGGACCAAGACUCCUGCCCUCGACGAACUAAUUGGGAAAUAUCCUGGACGUGUCGUUUUCGUCCCCCUCGAAGUUACUAGUCAAGAGAGUGUCAAUGCUGCCGUCAAGUCUGUGGAGCAGGUAUUGGGACUCCAGGGAGGCUUGGAUAUCUUGAUCAACAAUGCAGGGAUUAUGCCCUUUCAGGUCAACGGGAUCUCUCAAGCAACGGAUCUGAUGCAUUGCAUGGAGGUCAACGUCAACAGCGUCCAGCUGAUGACAACUGCAUUCUUACCACUUUUGCGUCGUGGUAAACAGAAGACCAUUCUCAAUAUAAGUAGCCAGCUGGGCUCGAUAGGCCUAGCACCAAAGUUCGCGAUGUUUCCAGUCUCAACCUACAAGGUCUCGAAAGCUGCUGUCAACGCCUUGACAGUUCAGUGGUCGUUGGAACUUGCCAAAGAGGGAUUUACAGUUUUCUCUUCGCACCCAGGGUGGCUCAAGACAGACCUAGGCACUGAUGACGCAGACUUGCCUGUAGAGACUGGAGCCACUUGUACCUUAGAAAUUCUGGACAGGGCAACCAAUGCCGAUACCGGCAAAUUUUUCGACAUCAACGUCCCUGGCUGGAGUAGAGAAGGAUCUCCAAAUGUGUAUGACGGAUCAGAACUGCCGUGGUGA